CGGGGCGACCGGGACGGCCGCGGCACCGGGGGGCGGCACCGAGGCACCGAGAGGCGGCACCGAGGCACCGGGGCGACCGCGGCAUAGGAGGGCAGCGGAGCGCCGUGGGGUGCCGGGGCGGUCAGCGGUACGGGAGCGGCCAGCGACACCGGAGCACCGGGGGAUACCGGAGCACGGCGGCACCGGGGCGGCUGGCGGCACCGGAGCACCGCAGCACCGAAGCGGCUGCGGGACGUCUCGGCGGGGCCGGACGCUGCGGGAUGUGAGCGGCGGCGGCGCGGACGCGCGGUGAUUAGAGCUCUCUGCGAGGGAGCCCCGGCCCCAGCCACCCCCUGCUCUGCCUGCCAGUGGCCAUGGAGCCGUGGAGGGGUUCAGCCAUGCUGCUGCUGGAGCUGCUCAUUCUCGGGGGCCUGAGAGCAGGGAAGGGCUCUGCCGUCCUGGGCACCCUGGAUCUACAAAUAGAUGAGGAGCAGCCAGCUGGCACCAUCAUCGGGGAUAUCAGCGCCGGGCUGCCUCCUGGGACCAGCGCCUACAUGUACUUCAUCUCGGCACAGGAGGGCAGUGGGGUCAGCACCGACCUGGGCAUCGAUGAGAACACUGGCAUCAUCACCACGGCCCGUGUGCUGGACCGGGAGGCACGGGACCACUACAGCUUCAUUGCGGUCACCCCGGAGGGCAUCACGGUGGAGGUGAACAUCCAAGUGAACGACAUCAAUGACCACGCUCCAGCCUUCCCCAAGGGGCACAGCACCUUCCAGAUCCCAGAGCACACCCCCCUUGGCAGCAGGUUCCCCUUGGACCCUGCCUUCGACGCUGACAGUGGCCUGCUCAACACGCAGGGCUACGUCAUCAAGGGCGGCAAUGUGGGGCAGGCCUUCCGCCUGGAGACGCGCCGGGGACCCAACGGGGUCCUCUUCCUGGACCUGGUGGUCAGCAACGUCCUGGAUCGGGAGAACCGCUCAUCCUACUCGCUGCUGCUGGAAGCCUACGAUGGUGGCUCCCCACCCCGCAGCACCCAGAUGACACUGGAUGUGUCCAUCCAGGACAUCAAUGACAACGCUCCCAGCUUCAACCAGAGCCGCUAUCACACCCUCAUCUCAGAGAACCUGAAACCAGGCAGCAGCAUCCUGCAGGUCUUCGCCUCCGAUGCGGACGAAGGGGACAACGGGGCCGUGGUUUAUGAGAUCAACCGUCGGCAGAGUGACCCCGACCAGUACUUCACCAUCGAUUCCCGGACCGGAGUCAUCAAGCUUAACAAGGGUCUGGACUAUGAGGUGAGGAAGGUGCAUGAGCUGGUGGUGCAGGCGAGGGACAAGGCUGUCCAUCCCGAGGUCACCACGGCCUUUGUUACUAUCCACGUGCGGGACUACAACGACAACCAGCCCACCAUGACCAUCAUCUUCCUGAGCGAGGAUGGCUCCCCACAGAUCUCCGAGGGCGCCCAGCCAGGCCAGUACGUGGCACGCAUCUCCGUCUCCGACCCGGACUACGGCGAGUACUCCAAUGUCAACGUCACGCUGGAGGGGGGCGACGGCAAGUUUGCCCUCACCACCAAGGACAACAUCAUCUAUCUGAUCUGCGUGGACCAGCUCCUGGAUCGUGAGGAACGAGACUCCUACGACCUGCGGGUGACAGCUACUGACUCGGGGACGCCGCCGCUGCGCGCAGAGUCGGCCUUUGUGCUGCAGGUGGUGGACGUCAAUGACAACCCCCCGCUCUUCGACCAGCAGGAGUACAGGCAGAGCAUCCCCGAGGUUGUGUACCCAGGCAGCUUCGUGCUGCAGGUGACAGCUCGCGACAAGGACCAGGGCCCCAACGGGGAGGUGCGGUACAGCAUCGUGCAGGGCCGCGAUGCCCACUCCAGCUGGUUUGCCAUAGACCCUGCCACAGGCAUCAUCACCACCGCUGCCCCGCUGGACUAUGAGAAGGACCCUCAGCCCCAGCUGACCGUGCUGGCCACAGACCGGGGCAGCCCUGCCCUCUCCUCCUCAGCUGUGGUCCACGUGGUGCUGCAGGAUGUCAACGACAAUGAGCCAGUCUUCAGGAGCAACUUCUACAAUGUGUCCCUGAAGGAGAACACCCCUGUUGGGACCUGCUUCCUACAGGUGACGGCCACGGACGCAGACAGCGGCGCCUUUGGGUCCCUCUCCUACUCCAUCGGCUCCGGCAUCGGCAGCGUGGUGCCCACGCAGUUCAGCGUGGACAAGGACACGGGGCAGCUCUGCACCGCGCAGCCGCUGGACCGCGACGAGGGCACCGCCGCCUUCGACUUCACGGUCACGGCGGUGGAUGGGGGCGGCCUGAACUCCAUGGUGUACGUGAAGGUGUUCCUGGAGGACAUCAACGACAACCGGCCGGUGUUCUACCCGCUGGAGUACGCGGCCAGCAUCAGCACGCAGAGCAUGCCCGGCACGGCCGUGCUGCGCGUCGCGGCGCACGACAAGGACGAGGGGCUGCACGGGAAGGUGUCCUACAGCAUCCUGAGGGGCAACUCGCCCCCGCUCUUUUCUCUCAAUCAGGACACGGGUGUGAUCUCUCUCUCCUGGUCCCUGAGUGGCAAAGCCAACACCCUGGUGCAGCUGGUGAUCGCUGCGCAGGACGGGGGGGGCCUGCAGGCCCAGCCCAGUGCCAGGGUCAACAUCAGCAUCGUGGAGGGCACUGUCUCACCCCCUGUCUUUGAGCAACCCCAGUACUUCUUCACCGUGCCCGAGGAUGUGCCCCCAGGUACCAGCGUGGGGACUGUGCAGGCACAGAACCCUCCAGGGCACGCUGAGGACAUCUUCUACUCCAUCUCCUCGGGGGACCCUCAUGGCUAUUUCUCCAUCGACUCAGCCUCAGGGCAGCUCCGCACCAGCCUGGCGCUGGACCACGAGUCGCAGGCGGCGCUGACGCUGGACGUGCAGGCGCGCAGCGGCUCCCCCCCCGCCUACAGCCAGGCGCGGGUCCGCAUCGCGGUGUCGGACGUCAACGACAACGCGCCGGCGUUCCCCGCGCCCUCCGACUCCAUCCUGCUGCCCGAGGCCACGCCGCCCGGCACCGCCGUGUACACGCUGCAGGCCGAGGACCGCGACGGCGGCGCCAACGGCCAGGUCAGCUUUGAGCUGGCGGCGGGCGGCGCCGGCGCCUUCGUCGUGGAGCCCUCCUCGGGCACGGUGCGGCUGGCCGGCGCCCUGCGGUACGAGGCCGGCGCAGGCUACGAGCUGCUGGUGGUGGCGCGCGACGGCGGUGCGCCCCAGAUGAGCGCCACCUUCACGCUGCUGGUGCACGUGCAGGCCGAGCACGACCACGCGCCCGUCUUCGACACGCUCACCUACCGCGUGGAGCUGCGCGAGGGCGUGCCCGUGGGCACCCGCUUCCUGCAGGUGCGGGCGCGGGCACGCGGCGCCGAGGGCCCCGCCCUGGCCUACCACCUGCGCGCAGACGGCGACGCCGCCAGCUUCGGCAUCGCGCCCGACAGCGGCUGGCUGUACGUCAGGAGCGCGCUGGACCGCGAGGCGCGGGAGCUGUACCUGCUGACGGUGCUGGCCUCGGCGGGCGGCGCGGGCGAGGCACGCGGCACGGGCAGCAGCACCGUGCGGGUCAGCAUCACCGACGAGAACGACAACAGCCCCCGGCUGAGCCAGGAGCGAUACUUCUUCACCGUGCCCGAGAACCAGGCCCCCGGCAGCGGCGUGGGGCGGGUGAUGGCCACCGACCGGGACGCGGGGCAGAACGGUCGCCUCUCCUACCGCCUGCUGCCCCCCGACCCUGGCUUCCUCAUCCACCCCCAGACUGGGGAGCUGAGCACCCAGCGCAGCCUGGACCGGGAGCUGCAGUCCAGCUACCAGCUGCUGGUGGUGGUGGCAGAUGGGGGGGCACCACCGCGCAGUGCCACGGGCACCGUCUACGUCUCCGUGCUGGACCAGAACGACAAUGCCCCUGCGUUCCUGCACGGCGCCGGCCAGGAGCUGCCCCUGCAGGUACUGGAGGAGAAGCCACCAGGGCUGCUGGUGGCCUCGCUGCAGGCCAAGGACCCCGACGAAGGCGAGAACGGCACCGUGGUGUACUCGCUGGCAGGCGCCUGGUCCGAGCGCUUCUCGCUGCACGCUGCCAGCGGGGAGCUGCGCACCGCCGCCGUGCUGCGCCGCUCCGAGCGCACCGAGUAUGUCCUGACCGUCACCGCCAGCGACCGCGGCGCCCAGCCCCGCCGCACGGCCGCCAGCCUCCGCAUCCAGGUCCUGCCGUCCUCCCGGGUGCUGCCGCGGCCGGACGCCACGGUGCUGACCCUACACCCCCCCGAGGGGGUGAGGCCGGGGUCGGUGAUCGGCUCGGUGGCCCUCCCGGACGCACCGGCUCGGGGCCAGGUGACCUACACCCUGGUGGGGGGCGGCGGGGACGGCAGCUUCGUGGUGGACAGCGAGAGCGGCGAGGUGCUGGCGGCACGGGAGUUGGACUAUGAGGUGGCGCCGCGGCACCUGCUGACGGUGAGCGCCGAGGACCGGCGGCAGGGCUACCCCCGCAGCCGCCUGCUGCUGGUGCAGGUCCAGGUGCAGGACCGCAAUGACCAGGCGCCAGCCUUCCCCGAGGACCCGGUGACCAUCGUGGUGCCCGAGAGCGCCCGGCCCGGCGCUUCCAUCUUCACCUUCCAGGCGCUGGACGGGGACGGGGCCGGCCCAAACAGCCAGGUGCGCUACUCCCUGCGGCGCCAGGAGCCCCCCGGGGCCCCAUUCCAGCUGGACGCCCGCUCGGGAGUGCUCAGCCUCCGCCGCGGCCUCGACCGGGAGGCCGCCGCCUCCUUCCUGCUGGUGGUGGAGGCCACGGACCAGGCGCUCAACGUCAGCCAGCGGCGGUCGGCCGCCGUCACGGCACGUGUGUUCGUGACGGACGAGAACGACCACGCUCCCUCCUUCCUGUCACCCGCCGCCGUCGCCGUGCCGGAGGACCAGCCCCCGGGCUUCGUAGCACUGCAUGUCGUGGCCCGGGACGGCGACCUGGGCGAGAACGGCCGCGUCAGCUACGCGCUGCGGGCCGGCAACGGCGACGGCAGCUUCCACCUCAACCCCAGCACCGGGGCGCUCUCCAUCGUGCGUGCCCUGGACCGGGAGGAGCUGGCCCAGCACAACCUGACGGUGGUGGCCACGGACCACGGCGUGCCGCGGCGCUCGGCCACGCAGCUGCUGUCGGUGCUCGUGCUGGACGCCAACGACCAGGCGCCGGCCUUCGAGCGGCCGCAGUACGAGGCACAGGUGAUGGAGAACCUGCCCGCGGGCAGCACCGUGCUGCGGGUGCUGGCCAGCGACCGCGACCUGGGUGCCAACGGGCAGGUGUCCUAUGGAGGUCUGGCUGGGGGGCCCUUCUCCAUCGACCCCCAGACAGGGCUGAUUGUCACCACACGCACCCUGGAUCGUGAGGAGCAGGAGCAGUACCUGCUGACGGUCUACGCCCGGGACGGAGGCCUCCCACCCAGGCUGUCCACGGCCACAGUGCUGGUGAGGGUGGGCGACGAGAACGACCAUGCCCCGCAGCUGGAGAGCCAGGCCUGUGCCCUGCAGGUGCCCGAGAACCAGAGCCGUGUGGCACUGCACACACUGAGGGCCACCGACCCUGACGCCGGUGACAACAGCCGCCUGCAGUACCUCCUGGCAGAUGGAGACCCUGGGCAGGACUUCAGCCUGGACCCAGUCUCCGGUGUCCUCUCCACCGCGCGGGCCCUCGACCGGGAGCGGGUGGCCUCGUACCUGCUGACAGUGGUGGUGCAGGACCACGGCAGCCCCCCGCGCAGCGCCAGCAUGGUGGUGACCGUGCGGGUGCUGGACCUGAACGACAACGCUCCGCGCUUCGCCCGCGCCGCCUACGCCGUGGAGGUGCCGGAGGACCUGCCCCCGGGCUCCCUGGUGCUGCAGCUGGCGGCCGAGGACCCCGACGAGGGCACCAACGGGCAGAUCUCCUAUUACCUGGGCAACGAGUCCCUGGGCGCCUUCCAGGUGGAGCCGCGGAGCGGCCACGUCCGCAGCGCCCUGGCGCUGGACCGCGAGCGGCAGCCGAGCUACAGCUUCCUGGCCACGGCGGUGGACUGGGCGCCGCGGGAGCCGCGCAGCGCGACCGUGCGGGUCACCAUCACCGUGCGCGACGUCAACGACCACGCUCCGGCCUUCCCCCAGAGCCCGCUGAGCCUGGCCCUGCCGCGCCACGCCGCGCCCAAGCACACCGUGGCCACCAUGAGGGCGGAGGACCGCGACGCGGGCGCCAACGCCUCGGUGUUGUACCGCCUGGCCGUGCCCAAUGCUGCCUUCACCAUCAACUCCUACACGGGCGAGAUCCAGCUGCUGCAGCCCCUGGCCGCGCUCGGCCCGCGCCAGCGCACCCUCUUCGUGCUGGCCGCCGACCUGGGGCAGCCGGCGCUGUCCUCCACCGGCGUGGUGCAGAUCCUGCUGCAGGACGAGCCCCAGCGGGGACUGCGCUUCGCCCGUGCCGCCAGCGAGGUGACCCUGCCCGAGAACCCUGCCCCAGGCACCGUGGUGGCCAGGGUGCAGGCGGCGCACACCGGGGGCUCCUCCGGCCGCAUCAGCUACAGCAUCGUCAGCGGCAACGAGCGCGGCGCCUUCGGCAUCCAGCCCAGCUCAGGUGCCAUCUCGGUGCGGGACCCCAGCAGCCUGGACUUCGAGUCCAGCCCGCGGCUGCGCCUGGUGGUGCAGGCGGAGAGCGCAGCGUCACUGAGCUUCACGGCGCUGACGCUGCUGCUGCAGGAUGCCAACGACAAUGCCCCCAGCUUCCAGCUGCGGCACUACGUCACCUUCGUCCGUGAGUCCCAGAGCUACCACUCGCCCCUCAUACAGGUGCUGGCAGAUGACCCGGACCAGGGAGCCAACGGGCAGGUGACCUACGGCCUGGACCCUGCGCUGCCCACCGCCGGCCUGUUCCACAUCGACCCCCAGACUGGCACCAUCACCACGGCUGCCAUCCUGGACAGGGAGAUCUGGUCCCAGACACAGUUGGUGGUGACAGCCACGGACAGGGGGACGCCGCCCCUGGUGGGCUCUGCCACACUGACCGUGGUGGUGCUGGACAUCAACGACAACAGCCCUACCAUCCCGGUGCCCGCCGAGGUGCGGGUGCCUGAGAAUGCACUGCUGGGCACUCAGAUUGCCCAGCUGACGGGCAACGAUGUGGACUCGGGCCCGGCACUCUCCUACACGCUGGCAGUGCCAGGCGAGGCUGCGGGCACCUUCAGCAUGCUGCGCUACAGCGGCGGCCUGGCACUGACGGCACCGCUGGACCGCGAGCGGCAGAGCCACUACAGCCUGACCCUGAGUGCCUGGGAUGGGCAGCACUGGGGCCAGGCCAACCUCACCCUGCUGGUGGAGGACGUCAACGACAAUGCCCCAGCCUUCAGCCAGCCCUGCUACCAGGUGAUGGUGCCAGAGCACACACCCGCGGGCAGUGCCAUCCUCACCGUCAGUGCCACUGACCCGGACGCAGGAAGCAACGGGGACGUCACCUUCCGCCUGGCUGUGCCCAGCCCCGACAUCGCCAUCGACCCCAGCAAUGGGACCCUCUUCACCAUCCGGCAGCUGGAGUUCGAUGCCAGCCAGCCUACACUGGACCUGGUGGUUGAGGCAUACGACCAGGGCUCACCCAGCCUCUCAUCCUGGGCCGCAGUGCAGCUGCAGGUGCUGGACGUGAACGACCACAGCCCCCAGUUCCAGCUGCCGCGCUACAACACCAGCGUGCCCGAGGACCUGCCCCCGGGCACCACGGUGCUGACACUGGAGGCAGCCGACGCCGACCCAUCGCGGGAGAACUCCGGCUUCGACUUCACCAUUGUCAGCGGCAACAGCGGCAACGCCUUCCAGCUGGAGAGCCACGCGGGUUGGGCCGGGGGGCAGCUGCGCACCCAGGGAGCCCUGGUGCUGGUGGAGCCCUUGGACUUCGAGGCCGUGCAGCUCUACAACCUGACGGUGGCGGCCUCGGACCGGGGCGUGCCGCGGCGCAGCGCCACGGUGCCAGUGCUGAUCGCGGUGCGUGACGUCAACGACAACGCGCCGGCGUUCGCACGUGCCCGGUACCACGCGGCCAUCAGCGAGGCAGCGCCGCCGGGCACCGAGCUGCUGCGCCUGCAGGCGCACGAUGCCGACUCGGGGCCGCGCGGCCGCCUGCGCUACGCCAUCACCUCGGGUGACCCGCGGGGGCUGUUCCGGUUGCACGAGGCCAGCGGCGCCCUCAGCCUGGCACGGCCGCUGGACCGCGAGGCGCAGGCGCUGCACGCCCUGGUGGUGCAGGCGGCCGACGAGUCGGGCGGGCACUUUGCCCUGGUGCCCGUGGCCGUUGAGGUGAAGGAUGUCAACGACCACAAGCCUUACUUCCCACUGGAGGUGCUGAGCGCCAGCCUGCGCGAGAACCUGCCCCCUGGCACCCUGGUCACCACGCUGCGUGCAGCCGACGCUGAUGCCGGCAUCUUCGGGGAGCUGCGCUACACGCUGCUGGAGCAGCCAGCAGCGGAGCCUGGCCUGGCUGAGGGCCAUGAGGCCUUCACCCUCAAUGGCAGCUCCGGGGAGCUGCGCUCACGCCUUGCCUUCGACUACGAGCGGGCCAAGGCCUUCCAGCUCCUCGUCAGCGCCACCGAUGCCGGCAACGCCUCAGCCACGGCGACGGUGCGGGUGUUGGUGACAGGAGAGGAUGAGUACGACCCCAUCUUCCUCAGCCCCUCCUUCAGCUUCGAGGUCCCCGAGGGCGCCCACAAGGGGCAGAGCAUCGGGCAGGUGCUGGCGACUGACGAGGACGAGGGAGCCGACGGCGUGGUGCUGUACUCCCUGGCCAAGCCCUCACCCUACUUCGCUGUCAACCAGACCACGGGCACCAUCUACCUGCGUGUGGACAGCCAGCCCCAGGCCAGCACUGGCCGGGCCAAGCGGGAGCCACGCGAGAUGAGCCUGGAGGUGCAGGCGCGCAGCCCCCUGCCCGCCUCGCGCUCGGCCUCGGCGCAGGUCACCAUCGACGUCACCCACACCUCCUUCGGCCUGGCCCCGGACCUCAACCUGCUACUGGUGGCCGUGGCCGCCUCGCUGGGCGUGGUGGUGGUGCUGGCCGCCGUGGCCAUCGUGCUGGCGCUGGUGCGCUCCCGGCAGCGCCGCGGCGGCGAGAAGGCGGACGGGGAGGGUGCGCUGCGCCGCGGGCAGAGCGGCUCCCUGCAGAAGCUGGGCCGUGGGCAGAGCGGCUCCCUGCAGAAGCUGGGCCGCGGGCAGAGCGGCUCCCUGCAGAAGCUGGGCCGCGACGAGCCCGCGCUGCCCAGCACGGAGCACAUCUACCACCAGGCGCUGCCGGGGUACGGCGCGGAGCCGGCCGGGCCCUACACGCGCGGCGGCUCCCUGGAUCCCUCGCACUCCAGCGGGCGCGGCUCGGCCGAGGCGGCCGAAGACGACGAGAUCCGGAUGAUCAACGAGUACCCACGCGUGGCCAGCAUCACGGCCUCCAUACAGGAGCACCUGGCGGCGCGGGGCCCCGACUCGGGCAUCCAGCAGGACGCCGAUCAGCUCUCCGACGUCUCCUGCGAACCCACGGCCAUGGAGGGCGCGCAGUGGUUUAAGAGCAAGAAGGGCUCGGGGCUGCUGCUGCCGGGGCCGCCCCCGCAGCUCUACCGCGACGACGGCGGCGGCGGCGCCUUCCUGGGCGUGCGCUGCGGGCUCGGCGUCUCCUCGCCGCCCCAGGACUACGCCUUCCCCGAGGACGGCAAGCCCGCGGCCGAGGGCUCGCUGAGCGCCAUCGUGGCCGGCGACGAGGAGCUGCGCGGCAGCUACAGCUGGGAUUACCUCCUCGACUGGUGCCCACAGUUCCAGCCCCUGGCCAGCGUCUUCACCGAGAUCGCGCGGCUGAAGGACGAGAGCUCCCUGCGCAAGCCCUUCCCUGCCAAGCCCAAGGCGGAGCCCAAGCCCCGCAUCGACCCCCCGCCCCUCAUCACCGCCGUCGCCCACCCGGGCGCCAAGUCCGUGCCGCCCAAGCCGCCGCCGGGCAGGACCUUCCCGCAGCCCGGCUCGCUGCGCCGCUCGCCUAUCAGCCACGAGGGCUCCAUCUCCUCCUCCUGUGCCAUGUCGCCCAGCUUCUCGCCCUCGUUGUCGCCGCUGGCCGCCCGUUCCCCGGUGGUUUCUCCCUUCGGCGUCGCGCAGGGGCCCUCGGCCUCGGCCAUCAGCGCCGAGCACUCGCUGGAGCCGCCCGAGGAGGCCGAGCUCCGCAUCUAGCUUGGGCCCGCGGACUCCUGCCCCGCGCCGCGGCGCCGGGAGCGGGGCCGAGCCUGGGGCCGCUGGGCACGGGGGCCGAUC